GCUAGCAGCGCGAGCCAAUCCGGCUAACAGCUAUCGGCUAACGGCUAGCUAGUGGCGCUAUGAUGGCGGAGCUGGUGCAGGGACAGGCCUCGAUGAACCAGCCGGGGCUGAAGUCAGACGGCCUGGCCGAUGUUUUACAGAGGGCCCGGCAGAUGGUGGGGAAGAUGGGCGGAGAAGCCAUGUCCCACCUCAACAGCUCCUCAGGAAGCGUGGAGCCCUCGCUGUUCUAUCCUGGCCAGAAACGACCUGGAGAGGACGGAGUAGGUAACCAGCUUCCAGCCAUGGGCCAUCAGAGGUACGAGGAGCAGCUCGUAUUGAUUAACGCACACACACGGGUUAUCACAGAGGAUUACAAGGUCCCUGACAGGAUGGUGGGCUUCAUUAUCGGCAGAGGAGGAGAACAAAUCACCAGGAUCCAGCUGGAGUCAGGCUGCAAGAUCCAGAUAGCUUCAGACAGUGGAGGUCUGAUGGAGCGGCCAUGUUCUCUGACUGGGACUCCAGAAAACAUCGAGCAGGCCAAGCGGCUGCUGAUCCAGAUUGUGGAUCGCUGUAGAAACGGUCCAGGUUUCCAUGGUGAUGGUGAAGGCGGAACCUCGGUUCAAGAGAUGCUUAUCCCGGCCAGUAAAGUGGGCCUGGUGAUUGGCCGAGGAGGAGACACCAUCAAACAGCUUCAGGAACGAGCAGGGGUGAAGAUGAUGAUGAUCCAGGAUGGCCCAAUGCCAACAGGAGCCGACAAACCUCUUCGCAUCUCUGGAGACCCCUACAAAGUCCAGGCAGCAAGGGAGUUGGUUCUGGAGGUGAUCAGGGAGAAGGAUGGCGACUUCAGGCCAGGACGCAGCGACUUUGGCAACCGACUGGGAGGACCCAGUUUGGACAUUCCGGUUCCCAGGUUUGCGGUUGGCAUCGUGAUUGGAAGAAACGGCGAAAUGAUCAAGAAGAUCCAAAAUGAUGCAGGGGUCCGAAUCCAGUUUAAAACAGAUGAUGGGAUCAGUCCAGAGCGUGUUGCCAUGGUGAUGGGUCAGCCGGACCGCUGCCAGCACGCAGUCCACCUGAUCAACGAGCUUAUCCAGACUGCCCAGGAGCGUGAUGGUUUUGGCUCAGCCCUGCGCAGUAGCCGGGUCAGAGGUCGAGGUGAUUGGACUGUGGGUUCUCCUGGUCCUCUACAAGAAGUCACCUACACCAUUCCUGCUGACAAGUGUGGCCUGGUCAUCGGCAAAGGUGGAGAGACCAUUAAGAGUAUUAACCAGCAGUCAGGAGCUCAUGUGGAGCUGCAGAGGAACCCGCCCCCCUCCACCGACCCCAACACCCGGGUCUUUACCAUCAGAGGCACCGCCCAGCAGAUGGACAUGGCCCGCCAGCUCAUAGAUGACAAGAUCGGUGGUUCAGGGAUUAUCAGUAACGGCGGCUUUGGCUUCAGUCCUUUCACCCAGGGUCCUGCUGCCCACCAGAACUGUGGCAGUGGUCAGACCUUCCUGACUGGCGUUUGGGGAAACACCUACCAGACCAGCUGGCAGAACCCUGGACAACAGGACCCUGGUCACAGUAUGGCUCAGACAGGACAGAUGGACUACUCUAAAGCAUGGGAGCAGUACUAUAAGAAGCUAGGUCAGCAGAACCAGCCUCAGAGCCUGAUGACGGACUACAGUAAGGCCUGGGAGGACUACUACAAGAAACAGAGUCAGUCAUCCCAGCAGAGUUCGGUGCCAGACUACACUGCAGCAUUAGCAGAAUACUACAGACAGCAGCCCUACCUGUGGAACCCUGCCCAGAUACAGGACCACUAGAGGCUCCUCCCUCACCGGCUCAUGGCCUCAGAUGGUCGUCUACAGCAGCCAAACAGGGGUUUCCAAGCAACGCUCUGCCGCUUCCUCCUUCCUUUUUGUAGAGAAAACUAAGGAUUAACUGAAAAUCACAAACUCUUUUCUUUCUGUUUUUUAACCUUAUAAAGUUGACAUUUUGUCAGGCAGAUUUUUUUGGACUAGCCUCCGGUCUCUCCACAGCAUAGACCUGUUUUCCUUUUUUUUAUCAAACUUGAACUUAAAGAUGUAUCCGUGUGGCUUUGAACAAAACAAAUCCAGUAUAAUCUAUAUUUUGUCUAGUUUUAUUUUCCAAAAAAAAAAAACGGUGUGAGGCUUAGCAGUCUUGAGUAAGAAAAUCAGAUAUUAUUUUUGUUUAUGAUAAUGUUUUAAAGCAUGCGUCAAGAUUGUGUGUUGACUCUCAGUUAUUAUUUUUUAUUUUGGCAUAGAUAUAUUUUAAUAGCGUUGGAUGGAAAUGUGAUGUUUUACCGUCAGAGACGAAACUAUUUUGUACUAAAUCUGUGCUCGCUGGGUCCGUUCUCAAUCUAAUUUUAUCUGUUAAGUCACCAUCUUGGAGGUGCAAUGAUGCGUUUAUUGUAUUUUUGUUCGAUGAUGCUAGUUUUUAUUCAUGUAUCUCUAUAGUGAUCUCUUUAGGUUUUAUGAUGUAAUGAUGAAUAAAUGACGAUUAUAUUGCGUUGUCUAAAGCCAGAUCUCUCUGUGGUCAAGCACUUUGUGUCCUCACAGAAUUUAACCUCAAGCCGACAUGUUUCCUCACCUGCACUUUUAUAGCAAAAAGUGGGGAUUUACUACUUUCUUACAGAGGAAAUCGUAAUUAUUGUCAGUUCUGCAUUUUUAUUUCGCCGUGAUGUUUUUGGACAAACUGUUCUGAGCUCAAUGAUGAAGUAAUUGAUUCUAUUAGCAGCGUGUUAGCAAAAAAGUGUUACCCCUGCUGUGUGUUAGCCGAGCGGCUGUUUGUUUGUUAGCUGAACAGUCAUGUGCAAGCUGAACAUGACAUUGGGUGCUUCUUGGUAUUUGUUUUUUGAACGGGUUUUACACAUAUGAUGUGAAUGAAUGUAGGGAAAAAAGCGGUUUUUAGAUGUUAGCUAAAUGCGUUGGCAUAAGUUUUCAUUAUGCCGCACUUAGGACGUAUCACACAGUAGAAGGAGGACAAACAAAGCAUUCAUGUCAGUUUGAUGGUUAGAAUUUCGUAUUAAAACAUCCAGCAUAUAUUCCUAUUUAAAUAUUAUGUACACAGUAAAAUCUACUAAUCUUCUGUUUUGACUUGUAGCCAAACUGACAAAGUUCUUACGUUUUUAGCCCUUUAUCUGCUUGCACCUCAUAGCUGGCUUUAAACAAUUCAUUAGCAGAUUUUCAUCACCAAACAGGAACAAAGUGCAUUAGCUCAGCUUUGCAUUAAUGGUCCUCUCCUUUCACUACACUACUAGCAUCAAAUAGACUCGUUUACAAAUUUUCAUCAGCUUCACCUUGCACUGUGGAAAAAUAUUCAUGUUAGCCUUCCAAAACUCAAAUGUGAAUUUUGUAUUACUAAGAUGGCCGAAAUUAGCAGACAAAAUUAGUAACCUAACUCUUAAGGAAACAAACCAAGAACAAAAUGCCCCCAGAAGAAACUGUGCUGGUGUUAGCAUUUAAAUGUGAGCACUAUUAUUCAAAUCAGGGACGUAAUGAAUUUAGAUUCACUAGCAAAGUGUCACAAACUGCACUUUUGGGGGUUAAUGGUCAUCUGUUCGCUCUACACACAGGGCUAGCAUCCGAUAAUGAGUCAGCAUUUGCAAAUUUUCAUUUGUUAACAGGAAACAAAUUUGCAUUAUGAAACACAAAAGAAAAACAUGUUAGCCAUUCAAACAAGGAAAUGUAAAUUUAAUAAACAGAUAUCCAACAUUUUGAUUAAGAUGUAAUGUACCUAACUUAGAGACAACAAGACAAAAUCUAAUCUAGUGUUAGCAUUUAUAUAAUGGCACUCACACCAUCAAAACUCCUAUGUAAUCAAUUUUUUUAACGAUCUGCCUAAAACACAAGCUUAGCUUAACAACCUUCAGUCUGCUUUAAUCCAAUGGCUAACCUUGUAUGAAAAGUCAGUUUCAGUGAAUCCAACACAGGUCCACCAUAUCUAGCUCAGAGGGAUUUAACGUUUGAUAGCAAAGUUAGCUGGCAGUUGUGUGUUAGCUCUAUGUUGUGUUUAUCUUUGGGCUGGAUUAUUCUUCUCAGAUGUGAAGCUGUUGUGUUGCUGUUGUUGCACAAAUGUAAUUAUAUUUUCUGUUUUUCUUUUAUGAACCCAGCAGAACUUUGGAUCUACUGAUUAGCUUAUUUAAAGCGCAUUUGUUAAAUUUGAAUACUUUUUUUUUUUUUUUUUUUUCCUUUGUUUAUUCGAGCCCUGUGGUUAUCAAUGCAUCCUUUUUAAAUUCUCAUACUUUAAUUUGCGUUUUUGUGUGAGUCCAUCUUUCUCUUGUUAGCUUGCGUUACUGGUGAAUUAGCCAAACAUUGUGUGGGUUAGCUGUACGGUGCGUGUGCUAAGGUCGGAUGAUGCUAACUUGUUGAGAUUUGUCAGAUUUAUUCAUCUUCCUGUAAAUACAUACAUAUUUACAUUUGGGUAUCUUUGUUGGGGUGUAAUUCCAGCCCAAGCAUUGUAAUAUGUUUGUCUGCGUUGUGUGUUAUCUAAACUUUGUGUGCUAGCCGAAUGUUGUGUGUCAGACCACAGAGAGGUUUGUCUUGUUGAGGGAGAUCUGCCUGUAGAAUUAAAUAUUGAGUCAGUGGUUCUGCUUACUGUACAUUUGAUGAUAAUGAUGCUAAAAAUGACAACAAUGAUGAGUUCUCCUGUUCAUUUAAAUCUUAUGAAUAUUCAGUUUGUUGAUGAGAUACUAUGGUUUUUUGUAAAUUUCCACUCUGGCGGGUGCUCUCCAUUUACAAAAAUAUGUUUGUUUUUUUUUCUCUUUUUUUUUCUUUUUUUGUUUGUUUGUCCUGUUAAUGACAUUGUUUAAUUUACAUGUUGUCUAACCAGUUUGCAAAGACAAGCUGAGUUUGUAAUAUUCUCAAGACUGCUAGGCUGUCUCUUCUCCUCGUCUAACUGGGUGCUGCCGCAUUCAGAAGCUGGCAGGGUUUGUUGCUUUUCAACACAUCUGUAAUUGGACCAGAACCAUGACAAGCUAAGCAUUGUCAUCACAAGUGUGUUGAAGUCCUGCUCCUAGUUUUUGUGGCGGUUCCUGAGGCGAGGAGAGCUGUAGUGAAUUAUUAAAUCUGUUGGAGUGGACUUGGUCCGGUGUCCGGUUCUGAUUCUAGACUUGCUGUGGACUGUUUGUACCAUCACAGUCACGUCUUGAUGUCCCAGAACCGGAUGUGACUAUGCCGGUCCACUUCAGCAUGAAGCUUCCCGACAUCUGGUCCUGAAGACGGGAGAUGGGGGGCUUUUGGUUUCAUUAUUUCUGUUCUUUUUCUAAUGGACAGACGUCCUAACUGUAACCUACAGAUUUUUCUAUUAGAUUCUAUUGACAGAGUUGUCUAUGAGCCCAAUCCACGUGACUGUUGGUGGCCGAGGAAGAUCAUGAUGAUGAUGAUUAAUAUGAGGGCUAAUAAACAAGCUCAUUCUUUCUGA